AUGUUUCAAAAACGUAACCCAAUUAACGCUUCCGAGGGAAUACAAAAAAUGCAGAACCUGAUCAAUGAAAACUUCAGAUACGUGCCCCGCUGGAACAGCAGCGGAAAUCCGGGGUAUCAGAAACCCACGACGUUCGUGAAGCAGGACGUGGUGACCAAUUUGGGCUUCCUGAAGCAAGCCGCCGCGCAGAAGUCGAAUUUCGCGUUGAACGAUUUGGAACCGUUGACUCUAAUAGACACGCUGGAUUAUUACGAAAGCCGCGCCAGCAAAGGAAAAAAGGCGCGGAGGAAGCGCAAGCCGGCCAAGCAACAGCAGGAAUUGAAGGAGACCAAAUCUUCGACGGCUGUCGAAAAGACGAAAUCAGGAAAAGCGGGGCGACCCAAAGAAGUUUCCGCCACGAAAACGAUCCGAAAAUCGAUAUUGCCCAAAUCCAAAAAAGACGAAAUCGAGCAAAAUAAGCUGAGGAAAGAGUUGCAUUUCGCGAGCUCCGAGGGCAGCCUGAAGAUUUCGAAAGUGCACAGAGAGAGCGUGCCCACGUGGAGAACGAUAAAAAAAUUCCAGAAAAAUUUGGAAUUGAAAGGUUUCAAUGUGAUAAUGGAUAGUCGGACGAAAAAGCAAAACCCGAUGAUCAACAACAAUCCGGCGUGGCAGUUAUUAAAAGAGAGAAUGAAGUAUAUGUAA